CGUAACAGAAGUUGAUAGCAUGUCUAUAUCCAGAUCUUUCAGCGAUCGAAGUUGAAGUGUGUGUGUGGGACUUUGUAAAACGCCGUGAUUGUAUCUCAUCGCUGAGCAAAAAACACAAUCGGCCACACAGGAUUUUCUUAUACUAGGACCAGUUGGCAGCCUCAUCGGCAGCAACACGGUCAUCAUAGACUCUAGUUUUGCACACAGUCUUGGGAAGAAAAUGGUGACGGAGGCGAACGACGAUUCCGGCAGGGAAAGGGAAUAUAAGCACGCGAAAUCGUUAUUGGGAAUUUCAUGUUUAGGUAUUUUAUGCGUUGUCUUUAGUUUUACCGCUGCUGUGUGCGUGUAUUUUAUACUAGACUCUCGACUACUGGGAAUCGAAAAGCGUGUUUCCAACCUGGAGAUAGAGGACCACCAGAGGAUAGAGGCAUAUUUAGACAACCGCCUCGAUCAACUCCUAUCAGAGCGGCUCGAGGAUCAUUUGGCGAAGACAAGGCAAAAAAGGCAGCUCCAAGGAGAAACAUAUUUGGAGAAAGAGAAAUGCCUUUGCCCUGCAGGAGCUCCAGGAAAAGCAGGAUUGCAGGGACCUCCAGGACCGCCGGGACCAGCAGGAGAGAGAGGACAAGAUGGCAAUCCUGGAUUUCCGGGGCCUAUUGGUUUAGAUGGCCUGAAAGGUGAACCGGGUGAUCCAGGACAAAAUGGUAUGAAGGGUAAUGUGGGAGAACCUGGUAUUGGAAUGCAAGGACAAAAGGGUGAGCCAGGACAGCCAGGAUUACCAGGAAUCCCGGGUCCUAUGGGUCCACCAGGUGUAGGAAGUUUAGAAGGUGCUUCACCGGCAACAGAAACUAUUAUUAUAAAGGGAGAACCAGGAAUGCCGGGGUUACCUGGACCACCAGGUCCAAAAGGUGCAGAUGGAAUAAACGGCCUUCCAGGAGUACCUGGUGAAUCAGGUGAACCAGGAUUUAAUGGCACCGAUGGUGAACCGGGAGUUCCUGGUCCCCCGGGAAUGCCAGGUGGUAUUGGUUUGCCAGGCGAACAAGGUCUUCCGGGUGAACCAGGAUUACCAGGACCUGAGGGCCCACCUGGUCAAAAAGGCACAAAAGGUACUGCAGGGCCAGUUGUCAGCAGCGAUUCUUUUCAAAUACAGGGUGCUUUUGAUGGGAAAAGUGAGAAUUAUCUUCCUCUUAGUGGACCUCCGGGUCCACCAGGUCCAAAGGGUGAAAUGGGUUUGCCAGGUGCGUUUGGGAAAGAUGGUGAAAAGGGAGAGACUGGAAGGAGAGGAAAGAGAGGCAAAAAGGGUGAUCGGGGUGAGCCAGGACCUCGGGGUUUACCGGGAGGGAAAGGAGCGACAGGAUCACAAUUGAAAGGAUCUAAAGGAGAAUUUGGACUUCCCGGAAUUCAGGGUGAUAAGGGUUACGCUGGUGAUAAAGGAGUUCCAGGUGAUCCAGGUUUCCCUGGUGCUCCAGGUGCACCGGGUGAAAUGGGAUUGCCGGGUCCAAUGGGUCCUCAGGGCAUGAAAGGCAGUCCAGGUCCAAUGGGUCCUCAGGGUGUGAAAGGCAGUCCAGGUCCAAUGGGUCCUCAGGGUAUAAAAGGCAGUCCAGGUGAAGGUGAAGGAAGCGGUGACCCAAUACCAGGCCCUCGAGGACCACCAGGACCAAUGGGACCACCAGGACCUGCUGGACCAAAAGGAGAUACGGGCAACGAUGGAUUUGGCGAAAUGGGACCGAAGGGAGAACGAGGAGACACUGGGCCAAUGGGACUGCCGGGGACACCAGGCAAGACUGGAAUCCCAGGCAGACCAGGUCUGGAAGGACUAAUGGGACCCUCGGGAGAGCCAGGUCCUAGGGGUUUAACAGGUGCUAAUGGAGAACCAGGAAAGCCAGGAGAAAAAGGACCACAGGGUAAUGAUGGUACACCAGGGGAUCCGGGUCCUCCUGGUCAAAGAGGCGAUAAAGGAGACAGGGGUGAUAUGGGUAGGCGGGGUAAAAAGGGUAACCGAGGAGAAAAAGGAGAGCCUGGUGCACCUGGUCUUGAUGCGCCGUGCCCCGUGGGACCUGAUGGACUUCCGCUACCGUGGUGUAGUGGCACAUAUAGUUUUCCAAACACGUAA